GACGCCGUCUGCACCCUGAACACGCUGCAGACCAACGCCAGCGCCCUGGAGCAGGUGCGGCGGGGGCGGAGCCUCCCCCAGCUGCAGCUGCAGGCCAUGAGGGGGUUCCUGGAGCGGGCCGGCCUCACCGUGGAGGAACUGGACCUGCUCAACAUCAUCCACAUCACAGGAACCAAGGGCAAGGGUUCGACAUGUGCCUUCACAGAACAGAUCCUGAGGAGUUACGGCUUCAGAACCGGGUUCUACAGUUCUCCUCACCUGGUCCAGGUCCGGGAGAGGAUCCGGAUCAACGGGCAGCCCAUCAGCAAAGACCUGUUCACCAAGUACUUCUGGCAGGUCUACGGUCGGCUGGACGAGACCAAGGAGGCCGCUGGAGGGGCCAUGCCUGCGUACUUCAGGUUCCUCACCAUCCUGGCCUUCCACAUCUUCCUGCAGGAAAAGGUGGACGUAGCGGUGAUUGAAGUGGGCAUCGGUGGAGCGUACGACUGCACCAACAUCAUCCGGAGGCCCUGGGUCUGUGGCGUCUCCUCUCUGGGCAUCGAUCACACUCAGAUCCUCGGAGACACCAUAGAGAAGAUCGCCUGGCAGAAAGGAGGCAUCUUCAAGCCUGGGGUUCCUGCCUUCACGGUGCGACAGCCAGAAGAGGCCAUGUCGGUCCUCAGAGAGCGAUCCAGAGAGAUCAGAUGUCCCCUGUGGGUGUGUCCUGAGCUGGACCAGUACCAGACGGACUCUGYACCCUUGAGUCUGGGCCUGGCGGGGCAGCACCAGCGCUCCAACGCCUCCCUGGCCCUGCAGCUGAGCCACACCUGGCUGCAGAGGAGAUGUGGACCAGAUCAAAGCUCCUCAGUGUCUGAGCUGCAGGACUUCAGAGUCUCUCAGGCAGACUCCUUCAGACCUGGACCCUUCAUGCUGAAAGGGCUGGCGGACACGGAGUGGCCCGGCAGGACCCAGACUCUGAGACACGGAGCGGUGACCUACUUCCUGGAUGGAGCCCACACCAUGAGGAGCAUGCAGGCCUGUGUGCAGUGGUUCAGAGAGGCCGUGGCCCCCCAGGAGAGGACCUCCAGUGGACCCGUGGCCCGGGUGCUGCUGUUCAACGCCACGGGAGAGAGGGACUCUUCAGCCAUGCUCAAACUGCUGCAGCCGUUUCAUUUUGACUUCGCUGUCUUCUGUCCCAACAUCACUGAAGCCAUGGCCUCGUGUAACGCAGACCAGCAGAACUUCAACGUGUCCGUGGAGAACAUGCUGACCCGCUGCCUGGACAACGAGAGGAGCUGGCGCCUCCACAACCAGCGAGGAGACGCGGAGGAGGAGGAGGAGGCGCUGCUCAUCAGCCUGGCCCCUGAGAGGAGAACCGACACCCUGGUGUUCCCCUGCAUCCUCAGCGCCCUGCAGUGGAUCACCCAGGACCGGGACCCGGUCCUGACCGGCCCAGAUAAGACCGUGCUGCCCGUCAAGCCCAGCUUCGUGGCCAAGGCCGCUCCUCUGUGCGACGCCGCCGAGAUCCACGUCCUGGUGACGGGCAGCCUGCACCUGGUGGGAGGAGUCCUGAAACACCUGGACCCAGAGUCUGCCAAGUAACCGGGUCACACGGACCCGUCCAGGUGUCGGGCCGGUCCGAAGCUUCUGAUUGGCUGCUGGAUUAACGUCAGAUCAUCAGUGGGUUGAAUUAAAACAAGGCCUGAUUGGCGCCACGGCUCGGUUCUGCUCAGCCGGACCCUACCUGUGGUGCGUUCAAGUGCUUUUAGAAGGUGGGAAAUUCUCUUUGAACUCCUCCUCAGACGUCCCACUUUCACCCAGAGCCUUAAGCCUUAGGUCAAAGGUCACCUGGAGAUUUUUACACCUUUUCUACUAAAACCGUUUUUCUUUUUGGUGCCACUGUUCCACAUUAAACCUUCUGUAAAUAUUCAAACACUAUGAAGUUCCAGUUUAAUUUAAAUUUGCCUUAAUUUAAAGACCGUUUACGGUAAAAGGUGCUGAACUGAGCUGCUUCAUGAACAUAAAAUGUCUGUAAAAAGUCUGUUCAGAAACGAAGAGUUAAAUUAUAUAAGGAGAAUGUCUGAUUGUUGUAAACAUAUUUUUGCAAAACUUUUCUGAACAAAUUGUACAAAAAACUGUCUUCAGAUUUCAGUAAGCCUCCUUAAUAUUGUUAAAAUGUGAUUAAAUUUGAAAUGUAUAAUCUGGCUGUUUAAAUUAUGAUGGCUUUGUCUGUGUGUGCACAUUAAACUAUCAAUUUAUGAGUAAAAAAAA